GUGUUGGGUCUGCGGAAAUGUUUCGUAGUAACGGUUCUGUGGCGGUGUGCGUGAGUCAUCUCGUCCAUUGAGCGGCGGCGGCAACGGCGGUCCAUUGAGCGCCUCAUUACCGCUCCGCCGGCCGGCCCAGCGCACACGCAUCUCGCGCAGCUCGCCGCCGCACGCCGUCUCCGACGCACUGCCUACGAUGUUCGCUCCCAACGCUCGAUGCAACAUGGAGAACUUCUCCAAAUCUCACAUUUGGCUCGCCGCAGCGGCGCUGCUAGCGGCCUGUGGAGGGUGCACCGGCGCAGGUGUCGGCGGCAGGAGGCCGUUCACUCCCACCGACUCUAUCCUUGACAUUAUAGACACCGAGCAGGUAGAGAGGAUUCUCGCGGCGCGUCGUCGCGCCGAGCAGGCCACCGCUACCUCGCCUUCAUAUGUUCAGAGGAACGAGCUAGGGGAAGGCAAUUCUGACACUAUGAUCGUUUCGAUGCCAGAUCAAGAUGACAGUACGGAAUUGCCCCCGGGAGUUGAUUUCCGCAAAAUUCUAAAAUCUUCAAGAAAUGCCCUUGUUGUUACAAAGAAAGAAUACUUGAAGCAGGAUUGGUGUAAAACGGAGCCUUUGGUGCAGAAAAUUAGAGAAAACGGCUGUUUACCGGCGACCGUCAUUAACAACUUUUGUUAUGGACAGUGCAACUCAUUUUACAUUCCAAAAGGACCGCGCCGCCGAGACGGAAGCGACGACCGACCGGCGCCCGCCUUCAAGUCCUGUUCUUUCUGCAAGCCUAAGAAGUUUACUUGGAUCACGGUCACGCUUAAGUGCCCGGGGCAGAGGUCCCUUUACAAGCGUAAGCGGCUGCAGAAAAUAAAACAGUGCAAGUGUUUACCGGUAGGAGUUGUGAAUUGAUCAUGAACUUGUGCAGGACCCUCAGCCGAGGCGGUGCAACCGUCAAAGCGGCGCCGCCGCGCCGCGCCCCCGGCCGCGGGAGCGACGAACGGGGUGUAACUCCGAGGAAAGCGAAUUCAGCUCUCACGAGGUUUUGUACAAAACGAAUUGUUACCCAUUGUUUUGAUAAGUAUUACUUGUGCAUUUCAAUUGUAACUCGGAGAAAACUGGAUAAAUAGUUCGUAUCGCAUGCUCUCAUACGUCAAUAGGCAUGACGUCAUGUGAAGCAUUUAUAUGGAAUAAUAGUGUAAGUGUAGCUUGUUAUAGCGGCUUCGAUUGCAAGUCUUAGCGAGCAAGCGAGAGCUUUAAAUUAUUAGCGAGGACGAUUUAAUGGUAGUGUAGGUAGUGCAACUCCGGACUCUAGCGCUGUUUCAAACGUGUAUAUCUGAAUGUGAAUUCGUUACUCAGAAAACUAAGCAAUGAUUAUAUAUAAAUCAUUAAAGUAUCAAAUAAUUAGGAAUUGAAAAGUGUGAUAUUAGUCAUAGCAUUUCGAUAUUUUACCCAGUGAAUUGCGUUUAAUGCCUAUGUACAAUUUGUCGGUGUAGAAUUAUUUAUUUAUUAAAGUAGAUUUAAGUAGAUACUAAUAUUGUUGCUGAAACGUAAUACGCUUAUAAUUGAUAUACAAAAUAAUUAAAUAAAUCGGCAACAAACUUAACAUAAUUUUACGUUAACGAAGGAUAUUUUAGAUAUCUGUAUGCUCUCGAAAUUUAUUUACAUAAUAACGAAAGAUUAUAAAUAUGAAACAUGCAGCAGUUAGUCAUAACAGUGAAACAGUGAUCGUCUUGAUUCAAUCAAUGUCAUAGAAUUUUAAUAAAUGUCAUAACCGCAAGCUAAUUGUGAUUUGUGUUUUGUUUGUAUUGAGUUUUAUUUAAAGCUGAGUGGACGCUCGAAGCGGAGUGUUCGGCGGGGCGUGCAGCGUGGCGUCGGGCUCACAAAGUGAUGUAAGCAGCGUGCAAUAAGGACGCUUCUAUACGUUUGCAUUUGUUUAACAUGCACGCCGCAGCGCCGCAAGCUCCGCUCCGCUGCACGCCCAACUCGAGCGUCCAUCAAGCCUUACACUAAUUGUUUCAACACAUUGAUUCAAAAUUGAUAUUUUAAGUCAAUGUGUGUUGUUAAAAUAGAUAUUAUUUUGAGUUUUAAGUUCUAAUCUUGCCAUUCUACUACUAGUAUUAUGCGCAUUUCUAAAACAAGUUUAUUUAAAAUUAAUUAUCCAAAUUUACAUUUUUUUUAAAUAUGUAAUUAUCAAUACCUACUGUUGAGGAGUAUUUGUAUUUGUUAAUUGUAUAAAACAUUCAACAACAGUGUUGUUAGUAAUUUAAAAAAAGGUAACAUAAAUGGGAAAAGAAUGGUUAAAACUACAAACAUUUUAAGAAAUGUUUAAUUAAUGCAAAAGUGGUUAAGUGUUUCGAUUUUCGAAUUUAAACUAUCGUGAGACAUAUUACCUUAGCUAACUUAGCGGUUUCACUCACGUAUUUUUAGUCACUCGCGCGACAUGUUUCGAAUAGCCUAGGUCUCCAUUUUCAAGCACUAACAGUGCCUGAGUGAGUAGCGGUCACGACGGGUGGGUCGAUUUUGAUUAAAUUUGGAUGGAGGAAGUUUAAAACUGUAAAAAGAAAUAAAUUUGCUCCUGGAGUUAGUUAGAUGCUUUAUUUGCAGGUACAGCUAGUACCUAAUGGUAUAAACCUAACUAUUAUAGUCUGUAUCUCUGUACGCUUUUGGCAAUAAAAAUGUAUUAGAGACUUUUUUAUAUUGUGUGCCAGUAAAAAUGUGGAUCAUGGAACUGCAGCAUGUGUUCCAAAAAUUAAACACAACAUGUAUUUAUGGCAAACCCAAAAAGUUGAUCUAUUGAUAUUGUCUCAAUAAAUUUUUGUCACUCCUGUACAUAUUAUUAAUUUCUAUUAAGCGUGCAACCCUGAUAUUCUCAGCAAUCAUUAUCCCGAUAAAAAA